CAGUGUUCCAUCCUCGCCAUUUUACAGUGUGAGAGACAGAGGCCACCUUUAUUGCUAAAGGAUAAAGCACAUUUUUUUGUAUUUUGUUUUGAGGCCAAAGAUCAUUCAGAUUUGCCGGUUCAGCAUGGAGGACAGCAGUGGAGUUGCCAUCUUGGUCCCCCACUCUAGAGGCCAACAGGAGACUGUCUUCAUCCCUGAAAGGGUGGAAACGCCCCCAGGUACCCUGAUGGAGCCUAGGAAUGAUGACCAGAGGCAGCAGCAGAAACAGGCAGCAGACUCCCUCAUCGAGGUGAUAGAGAAGCUCAGCAAGAUUGUGGAGAAGCGCCCGCGUCGAUUCACCCUGGCUGGGAAGAAGAGAGCCCUCAUGUCCUGUGCCUCCGUCAGAGUCCCAGAGAUCAGGGAGGGCAAUGGUGGGUCCUCCCCCUGCAAGAGAGCCCGGGAGUUGGAGGAAGAGGUGAAAGAGCAGGAGAUCCAGCCAGACAACAGUGCCCCUGCUGGCAGCAGUAGGACCAUCACCUGUUACCAGUGCAGCCUGUGUCGGUUCCUGUCCCCGACCUUGAGCCUGCUGAAGGAGCACCUGCGGCAGCACGAUGAGCAGCACAGUGACCUCAUUCUCAUGUGUUCUGAGUGUCGCUUCACCUCCAGCCACCAAGAGGAGCUAGAGGCCCACGUCAUGCUCCACUUUGACGGCAGCAACUCUAACAAGAACCCUGCAUCCAGCCAGCAGGCCAGCGAGGGAAAUGAGGGGUUAGGGAUGGGGGGUAGUGUGGAGGAGGCUGUGUUCAAAACCUCUGUGGACUGUGCUGAGGAGAUCCCUGCUAAGAAGAAGUGGUACAGCUAUGAGGAGUAUGGGAUGUACCGCUGCUUGAUCUGCAGCUAUGUGUGUGGACAGCAGCGAAUGCUAAAGACCCAUGCAUGGAAGCACGCAGGUCUGGUGGACUGCUCUUACCCUAUCUUUGAGGACGAGGCAGUGGCACCAGCACCUCCUGUAGUUGCUCCUGCAGAGGAAGCAAUAGUAGUCCUCACCCCGGUCCCAGAGAAAUCUCAGAACCUCAACAAGAUGUCCACAUUCCAGAUUGACCUCUGUGCCCCUGUCGAGGAAUGUGGGAGUGAGGCAAUGACAGAACCAAUCACAGAGGAGAGCCCGGUGGAGGGGCCGUAUCCCUCUAAAGACUCUGUCACUGAGGAGCCAAUGUUGGAGGUACAGGUGACCACAGAGACUGAGGUGGAACUUAUGCAGGACUGUUGUCAUAUUACCAGUACAACAGACAGCCUCCUGUCGUCAGCCCAGAAGAUCAUCAGCUGCAGCCCCAACAGUGCCGACCAUGUCAACGUCAUAGUGGAACGACUGCCCUGCGCAGAGGAACCUGUGGCCACCCAGCCCCUCCCCCUCAUCGCCAGCCCAGAGGUGGGCAGAGACAAGAGCUUGCUGGCUGCGGAGGAGGCGGGCCAUGUGGAGAACCAGCCAAUGUUUGUCGACAAGGACGGGCAGCAGGAGGUGGUGUUUGGCUGGAGCAACAGUGAGAGGCAGCAGACCACCACGGACCCUCCACGUGACGAGAACGCUCCCACAGCCCGCAGGAGGACCCACUCUGAGUCUCUGAGGCUACACUCCCUGGCCGCUGAAGCCCUGGUGACCAUGCCCAUGAGGACCGCGGAGCACAUCAGGAGCAUCGUGGGCCAGGGCUCCCAAAGCCCUGACACGGGCCAGAGGCUCCUGGAGAUGGCCACGGCUGCAGCAGUAGCAGCUGACAGAGCCCCUGCAGCGGUUGAGGAGCUGACAGGCAUGGGCAGCGUGGGGGCAGCCCUGGUAGACCUGGAGCUGCAGGGGUCCAGAGAGGACGGGCUGGCCGAGGGCCCCGCCAAGGCUGGCAUCAGCCUGUCCCUGCUGACGGUCAUAGAGAGGCUGAAGGAGCGCUCGGACCAGAACGCCUCGGACGAGGACAUCCUGAAGGAGCUCCAGGACAACGCCCAGAGCCAGCACGCUGGGGAGGUCAGCGGCUGUGGAGGGGGGGACCCGGGUAACCCUGGUGGGGGUCUGGUGGACUACAUCCCUGGCAGCGAGAGGCCCUACCGCUGUCGCCUGUGUCGCUACAGCAGUGGGAACAAGGGCUACAUCAAGCAGCACCUGCGAGUACACCGCCAGAGACAGCCCUACCAGUGUCCCAUCUGUGAACACAUCGCCCUGGACAGCAAAGAUCUUGAGAGCCACAUGAUCAACCACUGCAAGACCAGGAUGUACCACUGCAAGCAGUGUACUGAGGCCUUCUAUUACAAAAGUCAGCUGAGGAACCACGAGACAGACCAGCACGGUUUGAGCGACACCGGCGCGACACUAACCCCUGUCACUGAAACCACGGCAACCAUGGAGGAAUCUGUAAAGAUGACAGACGAUGACUCCAUCAGUUCGCAGAAGGUGUACAAAUGUGAUGUGUGUGAUUACACCAGCUCCACGUACGUUGGAGUUCGGAACCACCGGAGGAUCCAUAACUCUGACAAGCCUUACAGGUGCUGCAGCUGUGACUUUGCCACAACCAACAUGAACAGCCUGAAGAGCCACAUGAGGAGACAUCCCCAGGAGCACCAGGCUGUCCAGCUACUGGAGCAGUACAGGUGUUCUCUGUGUGGCUAUGUGUGCAGUCACCCUCCGUCCCUCAAGUCUCACAUGUGGAAGCACGCUGGCGAUCAGAACUACAACUACGAGCAGGUGAACAAAGCCAUCAACGAGGCCAUCUCCCAGAGCGGCCGUUCCCCCAGUGCCCCGCAGAAGGUUUCAGCAGUGGGGGAGGCAAUGGCAGAGCACUCUGGUGUGGUGCAGGGUGGGAAGGAGGACCCAGUCCCUCUAGCAGGAGUCCCUGUGGACAGUGUGGGAGGCGGCUCAGGGUCUUCAACGGAGCUCAUCCAGUGGUCCUCCAGAGAGCAGGCCCCCCAGAGUGAAACCCCCCAGCACAGCCCCCCCGGGAAGGAGGGGGUCCAGUCCCGGGCCGGCAUGGAGUAUUGUGUGCUGCUGUUCUGCUGCUGUAUCUGUGGCUUUGAAUCUACCAGCAAGGAGAGACUGAUGGAGCACAUGAAGGAACAUGAGGGAGACAUCAUCAGCAUCAUCCUGAACAAGGAGCAGCAGCAGGGAGCAGCCCAACCAGCAGAGGGCAACACAGCACAGUGAGACAGCAUUUAACCCCGUACCCCUCCCCUUACCCCAACAGAGAGCCAGGAACCUACCCCCUCACUCAGACUGACUUAAGUCUGACUUAACAGGGUAGUACUGUACCUUGCAUCUUGUUUUCUGGUUCUUAAUUUCAUGUACUUAACAGAAGGUUACAAAAAGUGUCUCUGUUGGAGCUCAGACAUACAGGAAAUUGGAAAAUUCCAAUUUCAAGGCAUUGCAGUAAAAUGUUAUACCUGAACAAGUUCAGACACGUUUAAUACCUCAGCAAACAGACAUUUCCGUAUUUACAAAUGGAGCUCAGUCCAUUUUACUCAGCAAAAAUAUAUUGACCACACGGCAGCUUUUCUAUUCAAAUACUUUAAUAUAAUUUAAUAUAUUUAAUCCUUCACAUUUAUAGUUUCUGUGGCACCUGCACUAGGCUGUACAGAGAUGCCAUCUACUUGCAUGUUGUGUUCAUCAUAGCUAUAUUUAUUUUUUAAUAUGGGUUAAUUCAACCUGGUCUCAGAGCAUUUCGUAUUAUUCUGUACGUAAAUCUGAGACAAUCGAUAUUGUACAUUUUGCAAAUUCUUACCAGCUGUUAGCCACCUAGCUAGAAUUCGUAACAUAGCAUAUGCUUAGCAAAUUUCAUAACAAAUUGUAUGUUUUGCAAAUUCGCAACAUAGGAAUUGUAAUUAGUAACAUAUCAUACGAAAUGGAUGGUGGACUUCUACAAAUGAAUACAUACUAUCAUACUAAUUUGAGUGUCCUGGAUUUACAUUUACUAUGAUAUGUCUAGUCUAUGAGACCAGGCUGGUUAAUAAUAUGUAUCAAUCUAGGCCUAUGCGUGUUGGUUUCCGUUAUGUCCAAGUGAAGGAGAUGCCUUGAUUUGUUUAAUUCACUGUUUGAUGCUAUUUUUACCUAUUGGACUUCUGGUACGUUUAUGGUAAUGAUGGGUCACUUGAUGGUGGUUUCCUAAAGCUGUAGGAUAGAUAGGCUGGCAACGAAUUGUUGUUUUACCAAUAUUCACCACAGCAUCAAGGGCUAUUGAGUCAGAAAUAGGUUUGGGAGGAAUUUUUAAGCUAUGAUCAGUCUAUUAUGGUGCAUAUUAGUGGUCGUGUUAGACCCAGAUGUUAUGGUGGAGAGAUGGUAAAUGGACAACCAUUGAACUUUGAUUGCAGCCAACACCCAACUGUGUUUACCUUAGGCUACUUACAGUUACUUUAGUGAAAGUAUUACUGUUCUGAUUACGAUAAUCAUUUCUAGAUUCAUGUUUUAGCUAAAUAAUUGCCAAGUUUAUCACUUGAAUAUGUUAAGCAAUUUCCAAAGUUUCUCCGUAUAGGGCUAGCACUUGUAGAUGAUGGAUAGAUGGAGUGAUUGACAUCCUAGCACAGAGCGAUGUGCUAGUAUACUAAACCUUUGUGAGAACAAAGGAAUAGCAGGUUCAUUAGUAGCCUGUCUCUAAUCUGUGCUGUAUUGACCAAUAGCAGAGGUUGAUAUAUGACCAGCUUUUCAAGUGAUAGGCCUAUAGGCUACUGUAGACUGACAUUGAAUAUGGUGUUUCCAUUUGACUACCUCUGCUAAAGUAUUUCCGAACUUCACUCACCUUUCCAUUUAGUUUCACACUAAACAUGCUUGGUAUGCAGAGUGGUGACUUGGCGAUGAUUUGCAUGCCCUUACUGUUUUUAUGUAGACAGAUGGGUGUAGGAAAUUAUGAUCAAAUUAAAUAUCCAUAAUUCAUGGGAUUUUUGGAUUGCGUUUGUGGAGCUCAAUGUAUCAAAUAAAUGAAAUCAUUAUCUUCUGCA